AUGUUCAAAGUAUCCAAAGAAAAUUUACAAGAGAUACUAAGGUCUGGAUUAAUUUAGAAUGAUUAAACUAACAUGGAUCAAUUCAAAUCAACUAAGUAAUUUGAAGUGUCUCUAAAAUCUAACAUAACUUAAGGAUUAGGAGAUAAUGAUAUAAUCUACAGAUAAUAAGUAUUUGGAGUCAAUGAGAAGGAGAAUAUAAAUUCUAUAGGUUUCAUGAAUGCAUUAUGGAUAACAAUAAUUGUAAGUGAUCAAUUUAAUAAAGAAACCUUACUCUAUAUUUUUUUUAUCUUUGUCAUUAAUCGCAUUUAUUCUAAAAUAUAAAUCAACAUAAGGAGUAUACACAAAUGAAUGGAUCGAAAGUAUAAUUAUCUUAGGAUUAAUUAUUAUGAACCUUAUAAUAUCUGCAGUUCAUGUAUAGUUUGUUUUUAAUUAACCAAGUUAAAAAUUGCUGAUAACAAUCUAAAAAAAUAAUUAUUAUUGGAUUAAUAAUCUAAAACUGUAGUUGUAUUGAGAAAUGGAUAAGAAUAGACUAAGAUUGCAAGAGAUCUAGUGGUUGGAGAUAUUGUAAUAUUGUAAGAGGAUGAUAAAGUUUAUGUUGAUGGAUUAAUUGUUGAAUAAUCAAAUUUUUUAAUUGAUGUAUUAAUGUUUUAUAAUAUUUUAUUUAGGAAAGCUUUUUAACAGGGGAACAAGAUUUCGUUCCCAAAAUUACAAUAGAAGAAGCAACCUAAAAGAAAGAAUAGAUUUUACCAAGGAGACACUUGAUAUUUGCAGAAAGUAAAGUAGCAUAAGGAAAAGCUAAAAUAAUGGUUUUGGCAGUUGGUAGAGAAUUGUAGGCUAGUAAAAUAUCAGUUUGUGUAUAAUAAUAAGAGGUGAUAAAAACACAUAUUUAAUUAAGAAUAGAAAAUAUUUCAUCUAAAAUGGAAACGAUAGGAUUUGUAGGAGCUAUAAUAGUUAUUUUUAUGUUGUUAGGUAGAUACAUGAGUCAAUAUUAUAAUUCGGAUUUUAAUGGAUAUAGCACGUUUUCUAACAUACUAAAUUUAACCAUAGUUUUAAUAUCCGGAAAUUCAUCAAAGGCUUUGAUAACUCAUUUUUAAAUGUAAUUAGCUUAAACUGUAAAGUUAAUGUUAAGUUCAUAAAAUUUGGUUAGAAAGCUUUAGACAUUAGAAAACCUACCUUUUAUGAACUAAGUAUAAUUUUUAUAAUAAUAAAGAUAAUUGUUGAUAAAACAGGAACUUUAACUGAAAAUAGAAUGGGAGUGGAUAGUUUUCUAAAUGAUACAAAUAUUGGGUUAGAUUAAUCUAAAUUUAAUCAUUUUCCAUAAGAAUUUUAAUAAGCUUUUAUUGAUUGUUGUUUUAUAAAUAAUUCAUAUAAUCCAGAAACAUGUUAAGGAACUUAAAUAGAAUAAGCGUUAUAUUAAUUGUCAAAAGAGUUAGGGAUUAAAUUAGAAGAGAGAAAAAAUUAAGUGACUCAUUAGAUACCUUUUACUAGUUCUAGAAAGAGAUUAGUAAGAAUAUUGAUAUUUAUAAUUAGACAACAAUUAUUUCAAAUAAUAGAGUUGUUGUAAGGGGAGCAGGUGAAAUGAUUUUUUAAUGGGCAAAUAAAUUUUAUAGUUUGGAAAAUGGAAUAAUAGCGAUUGAUGAUUUUUUAAAGGAUAAUUUAGAAUAGAAUUUAUUUUAAUUAAGUUAAGAUGGAAGAACUAUAGCAAUAGCAUAUAGUGAUGUAGAUUUAAAGAAUGAAAAUGUUGAAGAAUAGAUAAAGAAAAAUGAUUUUAAAUAUGAUAGAUAAAAUUUAACACUAUUAGGUUUUUUACUAAUUUCUGAUUAAUUGAGAAAAGAAACGAAAAGGGUUGUUGAAGAAUUAAAAUAAGCAGGAAUUAAAGUAGUUAUGGUAACAGGAGAUAAUUAGACAACUGCCAAGAGUGUUGCAAUAAAAGCUGGUAUUAUGUCUUUGGACUCAAUAAUUACAGAAGGAGUUGAAUUUUCAGAAAGAAUAAAAAAUAAAACAGAGAAAUUUUAAAAAGAUUUAGAAGAUAUUUAUGUUAUAAGUAGAGCAAGACCAGAGGAUAAAUACAAUCUAGUGAAAGAGUUAUAAGAAUUAGGACAUGUAGUAGGAGUAUGUGGUGAUGGUACAAAUGAUGGUAUAUAUUAAUUUGAUUUAAUUAAUUAGCUCCUGCUAUAGCUAAAGCUGAUAUAGGAUAUAGUUUAGGAAUCUCAGGAACAGAAAUAGCUAGAGAAAGUUCAGGAAUUAUAUUACUGGAUGAUUGUCUACAUUCCAUUUAUGUGGGACUCAUUUUAGCUAGAAAUCUAUUAGAUUCUAUUAAAAGAUUAGCUCAAUAUUAAAUUACUUCACAUUUUUCAUUAAUUAUCAUUUUAAUUGGCUCAUCUGCUAUUGGAGAUGCUGUUAUAUCUCCACUUCAAUUUAUUUGGAUCAAUCUAAUUACUGAUAUAUUUGCUACGUUUGCUUUAUCUUAUUGUAGACCCAGUUCAAAUUUAUAUUAUUAAAAGCCUCCUAAUAAAGAUGCAUUCCUAUUAGAUAUUAUUGUUUAUAUUCAUAUAACUAUAAUGUCUCUCUAUAUAAUAGGUGUAUGUAUCUUAUUUAUAAAUUAAGUAAUUUAUUGUUCUAUAUAUAUAGUCUAUAAUGGUAUUCAAUAUUUUUGUAAUGACAACUUUAUUUAAUUUGAUUAAUUCUCGUAUGGUUUAUUUAGAAUUCAAUAUUUUUAAUGGAUUCUUUUAAUCUUGGAUGAUUUAUACUUCAAUAUUAGUAAUUGGAUUACUUCAAUAUGUUAUUGUAGAAUAUGGAGGGACUAUGAUGUCAACAUUUGAUGGUUUGACUCUUAAACAAUGGUAAUUUGGAAUUUAAUAUAUAAAAGGCUUAUUUGUAUUUGUAUUGGAAUUGGCAGUAUAAUUUGGAGAACAAUAGCAAUACUGAUUAUUAGACCAAUCCUUGUAAAUAAUCAGUUAUAUUUAUUAGAAGAAUGAUAAAGCAAAAUUAAAACUGAAUUGAAAUAAUUAUUACACCUUGUACAAACC